GGCGAUGGCGGGCGCCGCGGCGGCGCCGCUCGUGCGGUGCCCCGUGUGCCUGCGGGAGCUGCCGGGCGCGCACAUCAACGCGCACCUCGACCGGUGCUUGGAGGCCGCGGAGGGCGAGGCGGAGCGGGGGUGCCCGCCGCCGCCGCCGCCCUGCAAGAAGAUGCGCCUCGCCGCCGCCCCGCAGGCGGGCGAGCGGGCGGCGGGCGAGCUGGAGGAGGCCUGCGCGCUGGAGGAGGCCUGCGCGGCCGCGGCGCCCGUCUUCUCGCUCUUCCAGCAGGGCCGCGGGGCCGGCGCCGCGGGGCCCAGCGCGGCGGGCGGCGGGCGCGGGGCGGCGGGCGGCGGCAGCAUGGCGCAGAAGCUGGAGGGGAAGCCGCUGGCCGACAAGCUGCGGCCCGACACGCUGGGGGAGUACGUGGGGCAGGAGCGGGUGCUGGGCGCGCAGACCCUGCUGCGCUCCCUGCUGGAGGCCCACGAGAUCCCCUCGCUCAUCCUCUGGGGGCCACCGGGCUGCGGCAAGACUACCCUGGCACAUAUCAUAGCCAACAGCAGCAAAAAGAAUGGCACGAGGUUUGUGACACUAUCAGCCACAAGUGCCAAGACAAAUGAUGUUCGAGAUGUCAUCAGCCAAGCCCAGAAUGAAAAAAGACUGUUCAAGAGAAAAACCAUCCUCUUUAUUGACGAGAUCCAUCGUUUCAAUAAAUCCCAGCAGGACACUUUCCUUCCUCACGUUGAAUGUGGAACUGUGACGCUGAUUGGAGCAACCACAGAAAACCCUUCUUUCCAAGUCAAUUCUGCACUUCUGAGCCGAUGCCGGGUUAUUGUUCUGGAGAAGCUCUCGGUUGAGGCAAUGGGAGCGAUUCUGAUGCGGGCGGUCAGGUCCUUAGGGAUCCAGGUUUUGGGCCAAGGUGAACAGCACGAUAGCUCUGCGACUGGCUGCAACAGCACGAGCUCAGAAUUCCCUGUGUACAUAGAGGAAAAAGCUCUAAGUACCCUUGCCUACCUUUGUGAUGGUGAUGCAAGGACUGGAUUGAAUGGACUUCAGUUAGCAGUUCAAGCCAGAUUAGCGUCAGGGAUUACCAAAGGUGGUUCUGCUGAUGGAGUUCUGAUAACAGAGGAGCAUGUAAAGGAAGGACUACAACGAUCUCAUAUACUGUAUGACCGAGCAGGAGAAGAACAUUACAAUUGCAUCUCUGCCCUGCAUAAGUCUAUGAGAGGUUCAGAUGAAAAUGCUUCCCUUUACUGGCUUGCUCGAAUGCUUGAAGGUGGUGAGGAUCCACUCUAUGUGGCAAGGAGGCUGGUGAGGUUUGCAAGUGAAGAUAUUGGGCUGGCAGAUCCUUUGGCUUUAACUCAAGCAGUGGCUGCUUAUCAAGGUUGUCACUUUAUUGGAAUGCCAGAAUGUGAGGUCAUUCUUGCACAAUGUGUAGUCUAUUUUGCCAGAGCACCAAAGUCCAUAGAGGUAUACAGGGCAUACAGCAAUGUCAAAGAAUGCCUGAGAAUGCACACAGGACCCCUCCCGCCUGUUCCACUGCACCUGAGAAAUGCCCCAACAAGGCUCAUGAAGAACUUGGGCUAUGGUAAAGGCUAUAAAUAUAACCCCAUGUACAAGGAACCCGUAGAGCAGGACUAUCUGCCAGAAGACCUGAAAGGAACAGACUUCUUCAAGGAACGAAAAACAUGAAAGUGUUGAUCAGAAUUUUGAUGCAUGUGUUUGUACUGGGACAAAAAUUCACCUCUUACCAGCCAAGUAUCUCUGGGUUGAAAGUAUUAACCAGCUGAGCCUUUGAGACACUUAUCCUUCUGGUUGUACUACUGCUGUUGUAAAUUUACUGCUUUGUAAAUAGUUACAGCUAUGCAAUAUAGAAAUGCAGAAGUAAGCUUUGUCAAUGUAAUAGUGUCACCUUCUAGUUCAAAUGAACUGGAGAAGAUAUUUACAUGACUUGUAUUUCUGUCUCUUUGUAUGAGACAAGGAAUAUUGUCAUGCUUCUUUUGAAAAUCAGUAUCUAUUUCAGAUUUUGAGAAUGCUUAUUUUCCAGAAAAAGAAUAAGUUGCCCCUCAAGCUAAAAUAUGGUAAACAAAAUGUAAUUACAAUGUAACACUUGUUUAUACAGUGUUUCAGAGACUAAUUUUGUACAACAUUUAUUAAACCAAUAAAGUUGUUGAAAGCAGGGUCUAUGCAUUGUUUAAAUAUUCUUAUGACAGCAGUAUGGUUUUGGAAGUUUGAGGUUCCUUUAAUUUUAUCAUCCCUACUUUCCUCAACAAGUUUAAAUUAUUUUGGAAGUAGAAUAGUCAUGAAAAUAUCUGAUCUAUGUUAGUUUUUGAGCUUCUGUCACUUAACGUUUUUAUCAUAAUGACGUUUUGGGAAGCGCUUUUAGAAAGGAGACUCCUAAGCAGCAAAAUAUUCUCCAAAUAUUUCCAGUUGCAUGACCGCAAUUCCAUUAGCUUUGAGUUGGAAAGCUGAGAGGCACAAAUUGACUUUCUGCUAUUACAACAGAGAAUUUGACUUCCUCUUCCUACUGAAAAUAUAACCAAGAUUUCUGUUGAUUGAACGUUUCAGUAGGUGCAACAUACGAUCAUGGCAGUGGCCCUGAUCAUUCCUUCAUUUAAAUGCUAAUUCCUCCCCCUAUCCACUCUUUAAUCUUUCGUAAAUGUGCAAUAUUUUGGUAUGUUGAAAACCUAGUGACUGCUAAAACAAUAUACGACUGUGCUAUCUAGCAGCUGGGUAGCAGAAGUGCUGAGUAGUCACUUGGACAACUGUCUGCAUUUUUCAAAGUGCUGUAUAAUAAUCUAGCCACAACUGAUUAGGAUAUGUGUCUUGUCUGGACUGAGAAUUAACAACCUACACAGUAGUACGGCGCAGUUACGGCCAGAUUUGCUCAUUAAUUAUCCAGGAGUUACUUGCUAAAUACCUAUACCCACAGUAUUAGGCCUAUACUAGCUACCUGACAGAUAUGAAGGUUUCCUAUCUUGAUCUCGCUGAAUUUGUGAAAUGUGAUGAGAUCAAAUGUUGAAGUGUUUUUUGUGUGUUACAACCUCUGAUCCUCUUUUGCUGUUCAGCCAAGAAUGCUAUGUCCACACAAAAAGGUGGAGGUAGCUCUACUAAGUUCCGUAAAUGCAUCAGAAGGUCAGAAAUUAGGUUGCUAAACCUCCUCUGUAGGGAGCAUUUUGCUUAUAAUAUUGAAACAUCUGACUUUUUUGGCAAAGCAAGAAAACUUUUUUUUGUAUUGGAGAUAUACUGAGCUAUUUGCACCUUUUAAUGCUGUAGGUGUGAGCCAACCAAGCCACUUGCUGGUCAGCUACCUGGUAUACACAAAUGGCAAAAAGGUAUUUCUUGAUGGUUGGUGUUAGGUGCUGUAUGGAGCUUAGAUUAGAAAGGCUGUACAACUCCACAUCUGGAGUAUGUUCAGCAUAACUUAUACAGACCAAAGGAGAUGGCUGUACAACUCCACAUCUGGAGUGUGUUCAGCAUAACUUGUACAGACCAAAGGAGAUACAAGGAUAUGGUUCCAAGUCAGGAAGCUAAUUGUAACUUUCUUGAACUUUCUUGUUGACUGUUCUCAUGUUUCAAGAUACCUUGCUUGACCUUGGCCUAAAUCAAAGAUUUUCAAUAUACAACCUAAAUCUUUGCUGCUAGUCCACGAAGAGACUUUCUGAUUAUUGUCUGCUCUUGUGUAAAUGGUAUCUAUAUUGCAAA